AUGGACCUCCUUGUCACCGGCUGCAACCACUUUGGAAGGACCAGCAAUACGGUCAAGAAGGUGGUCAUGCAUCAACAGUCUCCAAGUGGUCUCGUUGAACGCCUCCGGACCCAGUGCGCCAACGACCCUACAACGCCUGCCUCUUUUACCACUCUCACCCCUGCCGCAAACGCCACGCCGAGCGCCACUCCCGUCACAGCGUCGCCGCUCCGUCAUCGGAAUCCGCCCUGCCCAACACAUGCAUCGAUCGCAGCGGCCAACAUCACCAUCACCACGACUUUACGCACUCCCCAACCGACUGGACGACGUCUGAGGUCCCAUCACCUUCUACUAUCAAAACUAAUGCUCUCACCUCCAGCGAUGUGGACGCGGCUCAUAACUGUUCCCCUUGCGGUAGCACAUUCACCUCACACAUUGACCUGGUCUGUCACCUACGAAUCUAUCGUAUGGAGAGUGGCAAACCAAUCUACAUUCACCGAAAUCACCUAAAUUGCCCUCAUUGCCCCAGUGCAGUUACCCACCGCGUGGGCUCAUUGGAUCAUGCGUGCAUCCAAGAAAACAUGCGGUAGACAACCGCCGGUCAUCUCACACAUACCCAACCGGCAACCGCAUCACAGAACAUCACCACUGCCACCAAUGAUUGUCCCAUCCCACGCACGUUGGAAGUGUGCUUCUCGACUCCAUCACCGUGCUGUUCCGCUGAUGCAUGUUUAAUCCGAGCCCGAGGCUACCAUUGUGCACCGGCGUCAUGCCUUGGGAGGCCGUCCGAUGACGCAUCAUCUCAAUCCACGCAGUCUGGCAAGUUGUGUGCGCUUUUGUGGAAUGGUAGACUGGUGGGCUGAGACCAAAGUUGUCGCAGCUUAUUCUGAAAGCGAUCUGUGGCACUCUCAUGCAUGCAAGGAGUUUAUUGAUUAGUGGUCAGUGCCUUUCAGUCAUUGAUUGACUGGCUACCAAGCCUUUGAACGGUGACGGCCAGGCAAGUAUGGGAACGUGUGUUAUCCCUCUGAACCCCAAGGUUUCCGAGCGUCUGCUAUGCCAUGAUCAACAAACCAUGGAACUCGCAGCGCGGUGUGCGGUGGUAGUUGUCCAGUAUCUGGUUCUCCAACGGUAAAUGCGUUUACGCCCCCGCUGGGCAUGCAGGUCGUGUGCAAGACCGCCCAGUCAUCCAUGACUUUUCUGUUGUUGUUGGUCCAAAUCCUGACCAGGUUUUUGUUGAGGACCAGGGCGUGGAGUGGAGCGCCUAGGUAAGGGUUCGACCGCGUCUUCCACCAGCGCCCUUCUCCCCCUCCAAUCUUUUUAAUAAUGAUAAUUAUUAUUAUUUUUAUUAAAGACCCGUCGGGGGCCCAUCAAAGCAAGUAAAAAUAAAUUUACAUGCGAAUUUUAGACGAGGUAGGAAAAAUCUGUACAAAGUGCAAUACAUAGAUUUUGAGAUUAGAAGUCAGUUAAGAAAAAUGAUAAGCGAGGGGGGAAAAAAACUCCAAACGAAAAGUUAAAAAUAAUUGGAUUAAUUUUACAGGAGAAAAAAAACCCUCGAAAAAAUAUAAACAGAAAAAUGCAGGCAGGACUGGCCUGCAUGUGGCGGUAUAGAAUGGAUUAUAGUCGGACAUCGACAGGGCCGAAAUAAAUGUCAGAUGUAUAUAGCGUUUUAUAACGGAUUUCAUGAAGGGAUAAAUAGACGGGUCGGUCAGGACUAGCCUGUAUGUGGCCUUGAAUAAGGCAAAUAAGUGGCGAAAUUGAAAGACAGUCUCGAGACGAUAGGAACCCAGAUGCGGUCGGUUACCUUCAACCGAGUCCAUCCGAGGAUGGGGCAAAGGAGAUGCGACCAGACUACUAGUAUAUGGCGAAUACAGAAUGUUCCGCCCAGAGCGUCGACAGAGCGCAUUCUGUGAGGGCACAAUGAGAACCAGUCUGGAGGCGAUAGGAACCCAGAUGCAGUCGGUUACAUUCAACUGAGUCCAUCCGAGGAUGGGGCAAGGGAGAUACGACCAGACUACUAGUAUAUGGUGAAUACAGAAGGUUUCGCCAAGAGCGUCGAUGUGGAGCAUUCUGUGAGGGCACGAUGCAUGAACUGAAAAAUUGGAAUAAUUAACAUUUCUGGUGAGGGAUCUUAGGAUUGAUGCCGUCUUGAAACCGGGCCCAGGUGGGGAGAAGGAGAGGGUUCGGCAGAUGCUGCGCAAGUCUACUCUCACCAUAAACUAAUUCAGGCGCAUGUCACCGCGCCUGCAUAACCUUACUGGGGGCACACGGUGGGUAUUGUCGGAUAUGACGGUCUUACUAUCAUACCGAUAAGUGAUUUCCCCUGCCACCUCCUUAUUAGUUCACAUUCAUAUUAAUUUCGAUCUUUUAAAUUUUUCUGGCGGGCAUCAGGCCUUCUGUUUUCACUUUGUGCCUUGUAGUUGGGCUUGCUUCACCCGUCUCACUAAGGUUAGCAUCGUUUUCAAUAUUCCUUUACCUCACCUGCUAUUAUUUCUUCGCCUCAUUGCUACCUCCUCUAUUUUGCGGGCUUGAAAGUAUUUGCGUUUCGUCUUGCUUUCCACAUCCCACUAGUCCUUCCAGAUUUAGACUCCCGUUAUGCGUUCUAAUGUAUGGCCUAGACGACAUCUAAACAUGAAUUUCUAAAGCAACUCUUGAGACCCGUAGAGUGUGACGGCUGCGAGCGACUUUUAAUUUUGUGUAAGUUUCGCCGAUCAUUUCAUUUUGGAUACUUUACAGGCUUUCGAUUGCCUUUCCUCAAAAAAAUUAAUUUAAGACAGUUUUCCCCGAAUUUACUUGUUUCUCGCCCACUACUAGUAAGUCCUGAAGCCGGAAUGUUUCUUCUGUAUUUACUUGUUACUGCGGAACCACAUCAAUUAAGUCUGUGUCCCCCAGCUUCGCACCCACGCAUACACGUACCAGUUGCGUGCAUCCUUUCACGGUUUUCUGCCUAAACCUCUCGGCUAGCCCAGAAAGCGUAGAGUUGCGCCGCUCCUGACGCGCUGGCUUCUGCUAAAGCUCUCCCGCGUCAAGGUGCACUUUGCCGAACUCUGCAGUCGACUCAUUUUAGUCUCUCAAAUUGCGUUUUUUUGCAGCCAGGGCUCGUCAUCCGAGAACCUAGGAUACCCCAACAAAACUUGAUGGCUGCAGGGUCUCUACAAAGACUGAGUAAUGGUUACCUAGGAUUACAAUUUGCGUCGAGUAUUCGAAUGCCCGAAUUACCGAAAUAAUAUUAUACACACUCAGCGCCACCAACUUCCCGGCCCAUUAAGGAUUCACGGAAAAUAAAUCAGACAAACCCUCGUAGAGUGUCGGAAGCUCCAACGAGAAUCACGAUUUGGCACUCGUGUUCCCAAAUAACCACGGGAAAGGAAAACCAAGUACCUGUCUUAAAAUUGCGCCAUGACUAUUAGCAGUUUAUUUUCGUUUACUCUGUGGACUGACCUAUAACGCUGCACUUGGUUAAUCGUGAGUUGGAGUUCGACCGAAAGGAUAGAAUAAAGGUCAAGCCGAUGUCUUACGCAGAUUUUUUUGCCAGCCUCUAAAGGUCUCGUAUCGCGCGUAUGUCUCGCUCGUCCUCCUCAUUGCUUGUGGAUGCCCGACAAUGCACAAAUAAUACGUUAUGCAGUUAGAAUUCCUUGAUCAUCCCAGUUUCGGAACGAUCCUUCGAAUUUAAUAUGCGGACCUCCUGUCGAAUGAAGACGUCUGCAUUCGUUACUAAAACAUGGAGGCGAUAUUUUAGGCCGUCCAGCUAAGACGACUGGAAUGGUUUAGCUGUAUUGUUCGUCGCCCAUCCCAGUAGUCCAUUGCUAUCUUCUCUUUGCAAGUGACGAAAAGGCAGGGGAAAUAAAAUGCGUCUGAGUGGCACAUGACAUGUGGAUUUCUUGCCCAACCUGGCGGUUACUAACAUAAUGCCUCCACAUCAAUCAUAUUUUAGCUCUGUGUGGAACACGCGAAAGGCGACUUUCGAGCCCGCAGCGAUACUCUGUUGAGAAUCUUCAGUACUAUUGAAGUCUACUGUUAGCUAGGUCAGAAUAACUGUACACGUCAGUAAAUGUCCGCCCAACCGCCUGGUUCCACGCACAGACCAACGAACUCUGUCCAGACUCAAUCAGUCCUUAUGCUUCGGUCAUCGGAUCCGGCUUUGUUUAGUCAGGUCCAGAUGUUUAUAUCAAGAUUUGAGUAAAACACAAUACACUUUCACACCUGCCAGACCAACAAUAAUGUGUUUUGCAUAUGAAAUUUGCUUUUCCCACUUCCAGCUCAGGCAGCAUUCGAACAUUCUUUGGACAUUACAGGCCGUUUGAAAUAG